UUUACUUUGAUAUCCCAUUCACAGUUCGAUGAAGAGGGUAAACUUUUCAAACGUAAACUGUUUUGAUUAUUUCUUGCAAUAAAUCGGAAAAUUUAUAAGAAUAUUUACUUUUUUGUGUAAAAGUGAAAAUAAUUUGAAGUAAUAUUCGUCAUGGGUACAUUGUUUGAUCAGCUUAAAACUCUGUUUGACUACGAACUAUAUUCGAACUCCAAGACACUCUCCAAUUUGAUAUUGGCAGUCUUUGAAAACAAUCGGUCAAUUUUGACUCAACAGCAACAUUUCAACACGCUCGUCUAUUAUGCGGAAUCGCUAUUCCAUAUGUCCGAGUUCCGCGAGGCCGAGGGCGUCUAUAGACAGGCCUUGCAGGCUAAGCGGAUGUUGCCGAAAACAAAGUCUCCAGCCAGCAAGGUAUCGGAGACUCCGUCGGACAUUUUCUCCGAAGUUGAGAUCAAAUUCAAAACUGCCAAGUGUUUGAUAGAGAUCAAGCGGUUCCGGGAUGCGAUCGUUAUGCUGCAGUCACUCACGAUUAAGCAGCGCACGGCGGCCCCCAAAAUCUCCAUGCUGUUGAGUCGUCUUUAUCACGGACAUGGCCACGAACGCAGCGCAAUUGGCACGUACAAAGAGGUGUUGAAGGACUGCCCACUGGCGUUUGAGGCCAUUGAAGGUUUGUUAGCUCUUGGAACGAACGGAAUCGAGGUUAACACUUUGGUUCUCAACACAACUCUCGAAGCUCAGUGCAGUGACUGGCUGCCCAACUGGAUUAAGGCCCACGCCCACAUACAGGGCAGAAAGUAUUCGGAAGCGAUCCAAACUCUUAGUGGACUCGAGUCCAAAACUGCGCUGUCGAAUUAUCACCAGCUUUUAGUAACUAUUGGCGAAUGUUACUACCACAAUGGAGAGUACGAAAAUGCUUAUUCCUACUUGAAGCGAGCCCAUAACUUGUAUCCUCACAUGAAAAACGGAAUACAAAUUCUGGCCAUUUUGAUGGCUAAAAAGAAAAAGAUCAACGACUUGGAGAAGAUGAUCGCACCAACAUCGACCUUUCCUUACGAAUACUCGUCAGAAAUGUGGUUCGUGAUGGCGCAAUAUCUGUACUCAACGGCCAAGUACGAUAAAGCCGUUUACUUUGUGCAGAAGGCUUGCUUCCUAAAUCCUAAAAAUGCUGAAGCACUGAUUCUGAAGGCGGAAAUUUUACUCCAGUUGAAGAAACCGAGCGAAGCUAUCGCCCAUCUUCGGUUCGCGCAGCAAUUCGCACCCUACCGCUACGAGGUUCACCGCUGUCUUGUCGACACGUACAUCAACAUGAACCGACUGCGGGAGGCUCAAGCCCAGGCAAUGAAGGCGCUGAAAUCAAUCGGAGAGACUCCACGGCUGCUGGUGCUCCUAGGCCGAACCUAUCUGAAAGAUGACAGCACGAGGGCCAAAGCCAAAACCUUGUUCCAGAAGGCGUUGGAGAUCAACGAAAAUUAUCUUCCCGCGGUUUAUCUGCUAGCUGAUUUGUACCAGCAGGAAAACGACGUUACAAACUGCAUGAAGCUGCUGAAAAAGCACACGCUGCUCACGCAAAACUGUAAACUGCACGCCAUGCUGGGCGAUUUACUUAGCCAUGACAAGGACCAUUCUGGAGCGCUGGAGCAUUACACGAUUGCUCUCAACCUGGACCCCACAAACCGUUGCGCCAUGGCCGGCCUGCUGGCUAUGGGCCAGUCUAGCAGCGGAACAAGCGGCAUCGUCAACACUUCCUAUCUGGACACCUCGAUGGCGGAGGAGGGUUGUGAGCAGGAUAAUCCACUGGAGAUGAUUGAAAUUCCACAGAGCGUGCAAAACGACAUCGAGGACAGUGAGAUUAUGUGGUCGGAUGUUGAAAUUGAAAUUAAUCAGUGAUCUUCUCUAAUGCAAUAGAGCCGAGAAAAGGGGAAAACAAUUUUUUGGCUAACGCAUUAAUAAAAUUUUAAUUGCAUUUCUUUCAGCUUUA